CCACAGGCUGCAUUGUCCCGACUGCGACUGCGCAACGACACCGCGACAAGCAUUCCCUCCACGUCGCCGCCCCGCUGGAUGGAGUAGACGGCUACCACAACAGUUCUCAAUCUUACCACCACAUCUCCACUCACCAUUGGCCAUGGCCGGGCUUUCUACCAGCACCAUGGCGCUCCAACGCCAGCUCUGCCGGCCGUCAGUGUCUCUCGCUGGCAGGUUCGCCAAUUCGACCAUGGUCUCGGUACAGUGCCGUCGUAGCCUGCAGGAUAUCGCCAUCACAAGGACCGGAAAGCCAAUUCUCCGAGUCGCUGGUGGGCGGCACAGUUUGGGAGGACACACCGUGACGGUGUUCGGCGCGUCGGGUUUCUUGGGAAGAUACAUUGUGAACCGUCUGGCACGGUCAGGAAAUACUGUUGUGAUCCCAUACCGGGAAGAGAUGGCCAAGCGACACUUGAAGGUCACUGGAGAUUUGGGUCGAAUUCAUUUCUUGGAGUUUGAUCUCCGCAACAUUGCUUCUAUCGAGGAGUCCGUCCGGCAUUCGGAUAUUGUCAUCAACCUGAUCGGUCGCGACUACCCGACAAAGAACUUCAGCCUCGAGGACGUGCACGUUGAGGGAACUCGUCGUAUCGCCGAUGCCGUUGCGAAAUACGAUGUCGACCGUUUCAUCCACAUGUCCUCGCACUCCGUCCACCCUGAAUCGCCGUCAGAAUUCUACCGCACAAAAUGGCAAUCCGAGCAGGUUGCUCGCGAGAUCUUCCCAGAGACCACAAUUGUACGACCUGCACCCGCAUUCGGAUUCGAAGACCGCUUGCUCCACCGUUUGGCCAAGGCCUCCAACAUGCUGGUAGCGAACGACAUGCAGGAGCGAUUCUGGCCUGUGCACAGCAUUGAUGUCGGCCGUGCUCUCGAAAAGAUUGCCCUGGACGACAGCACUGCUGGUCAGACGUACGAGCUUUACGGUCCAAAGAACUACAGCCUGGCCGAGAUUGCCGAGAUUGUUGACCGUGAAAUUGUCAAGAAGAGGAGACACAUAAAUGUUCCUAAGGCCAUCCUGGCACCGCUGUACCAGAUCUUGAACACUGUUCUAUGGUGGCCUGUUGGCAGCAAAGACGAGGUUGAGCGAGAGUUCCUUGACCAGUUCAUCGACAAGAAUGCCAAGACUUUCAAAGACCUGGACAUCGAACCAGCCGACAUUGCGAACUUUACAUACAAGUACCUGCAAGGAUACCGCAGCUCUUCAUACUACGACCUGCCUCCAAUGACGGAGAAGGAGAAGCGGGAAGAGAAGAAGUACCUGCACGUCUUGGACGACCAAUAGAUGCCUCGAAUGGCCACGUGAAUUUUUUGUUCUCCAGUCUUGGUACUGUCACUGUGUACAGCUCAAAAGAGGCGUGUAUUUGUCCACGCAGACACUGUAAAUAUGAUGCCGUGAAUUACAUCCUUUCAUAUGUCCUGACUCAUGAAUCACUA